GGAGAAGAAAAGAAGACACGACAGAAACAUAAAAUUGGAAGACUAUCUGGUUCUUUCUUUUUGUUUGGAGAAAUUCAUUUCAGUUCGGAGGUUUGCGAGAUAGGAGCAUAAAGAGGGGCAUUCUUAGAGUAAGAAAUCCCAACAAGACCAUGUCCCGGUUCUGACCCUAAGGUUAGAGCCGAUUCGAAGAGUGUUUGAUCAACUCCAAGUAAGAUCGAUGGUGACUCCCAAAAAGGGAAUGCGACCCCGACGGACCCCCGGAGGGACGGUUGCGACAGAUGGCGACUCCGCUGGGGACCUUCGAGGGUCGAGCAACAUAACUAAGUUCGAUAGGUUUUCUAAAUUUGUAUUAUCUGUUGGGUGUUUACUA